AUGGGAUUUUGGGGGUUGUUCGAAGUGGCAUCCAUGCCGAUAUUGCAGGUGUUGAUCGUAAGUGCAAUCGGAGCUUUCAUGGCUACUGAUUACCUCAAUCUUCUUCCUACCAACACUCGCAACUCCCUCAACAAGAUUGUGUUUGUGAUAUUUACUCCCUCACUUAUCUUUGCAAGCCUUGUGGAGACUGUCACUUUUGAAGACAUCAUCUCAUGGUGGUUUAUGCCAAUAAAUAUUGGAUUGACAUUUUUAUGUGGAGGAAUAUUGGGAUGGAUAGCAAUAAAACUAAUUAAACCAAAGCCUCACUUGGAAGGCCUCAUUAUAGCUAUGUGUUCAACAGGAAAUUUUGCAAAUCUUCUGUUGAUUAUGGUGCCCGCAAUCUGCACCGAUGAUGGCAGCCCAUUCGGAGAUCAUAGCAUUUGUAAGGCUAAGGGACUCUCUUAUGCAUCGUUUUCCAUGGCGUUGGGUAGUUUCUACACAUGGACAUGUACUUACCAGAUGGUCCAAGGCUCGGCUUUGAGGUUCAAUGCAAUGAAAGAAACCGAGAAAUUAUUGAAUGUGGCAAGUAACGACUUGGAUACGAAUCAAAACACCCGUCUUCUAAGUAGAGAAGAUCCUGAUCAUAUUGAUGGAAUCACGCCUUCGUCAAACUUGACUAGCAGCGAUACUGAAAACCAGCAUAUCGUGUAUCAAGGUUCAUCAGGGAAUGAAGCGAAAAAAGAUGGGUCGUUUUCGGAUCGAUUAGUAGAAAUACUAAAGAAAUUACUAGAGCAACUACUAGCUCCGCCGACCCUUGGCUCUUUUGCAGGACUCGUGUUCGGGGCAAUCCCAUGGGUAAAAAGCCUUUUAGUCGGUGAAAAAGCUCCUUUACGAGCGCUCCAAGACUCCAUAACGUUACUCGGGGAUGGAACCAUACCUUGUCUCACUCUUAUAUUAGGAGGAAACCUCACACAAGGUCUACGAAAGGCAAGCAUGGGGCCCACGAUCGUUAUGACGGUCAUCAUUGUUCGUUACUUGAUUCUUCCCAUAAUUGGCAUCGGUGUGAUCAAAAUGGCGGCAACUCUCGGGUUGCUUCCGUUGGAUCCCCUUUUCAGAUUCGUGUUGUUGAUCAUGUUUGCUCUGCCUCCCGGCGUGAAUAUCAGUACAAUGUCACAGUUAUUUAAUGUUGGGCAAGAGGAGUGUGCGAUGCUUAUGAUGUGGACUUACUUGGCUGCUGCUUUUGCACUUACAACUUGGUCAACUAUUUAUAUGUAUAUUUUGUCAUGAAAACUUAUGUCACAUGAUCCAUUUG